CAGGGCUGGGCCCGACAUGGCGGAAGAAGAGGUGGCCAAGUUGGAGAAGCACUUGAUGCUUCUUCGACAAGAGUAUGUCAAGCUGCAGAAGAAAUUGGCUGAGACAGAGAAGAGAUGUAGUCUCUUGGCCGCACAAGCAAACAAGGAAAACAGCAAUGAGUCUUUCAUCAGCCGUCUGCUGACGAUUGUGGCUGAUCUCUAUGAACAGGAGCAGUACAGUGAUCUGAAGAUAAAGGUUGGAAGCAGACACAUCAGUGCCCACAAGUUUGUCCUGGCAGCCCGCAGUGAUAGUUGGAGUCUGGCCAAUUUAUCUUCCACUGAGGAGCUGGACCUGUCAGAUGCAAACCCUGAAGUGACAAUGACAAUGCUUCGCUGGAUCUACACAGAUGAGUUGGAGUUUCGAGAAGAUGAUGUGUUCCUGACUGAGUUGAUGAAACUAGCUAAUCGUUUUCAGCUACAGCUCCUUAGGGAGAGAUGUGAGAAGGGUGUUAUGUCCUUGGUAAAUGUCAGGAACUGUAUUCGCUUCUAUCAAACUGCAGAGGAGUUGAGUGCCAGUACUCUGAUGAACUACUGUGCAGAAAUUAUUGCCAGUCAUUGGGAUGACUUACGGAAGGAGGACUUCAGCAGCAUGAGUGCUCAGUUGUUAUACAAAAUGAUCAAAUCCAAGACUGAGUACCCCUUACAUAAAGCUAUCAAAGUGGAAAGAGAAGAUGUAGUCUUCCUUUAUCUAAUUGAAAUGGACUCACAGCUCCCAGGGAAACUGAAUGAAGUGGAUCAUAAUGGAGAUCUUGCCUUAGAUCUAGCUCUUUCACGAAAACUAGAGAGCAUUGCCUCCACACUGGUUAGUCACAAGGCUGAUGUGGACAUGGUGGACAAGAAUGGCUGGAGCUUGUUACAUAAAGGAAUCCAAAGAGGAGAUCUCUUCACUGCCACUUUCCUUAUUAAGAAUGGGGCCCUUGUCAAUGCUGCUACAUUGGGUGCCCAGGAGACACCAUUGCACCUUGUAGCAUUAUACAGCUCAAAGAAACAUUCAGCCGAUGUGAUGUCUGACAUGGCACAGAUUGCGGAAGCUCUGUUGCAGGCUGGUGCCAACCCCAACAUGCAGGACAGCAAGGGCAGGACUCCCUUACACUUGUCUAUCAUGGCCAGAAAUGAAUAUGUCUUCAAUCAAUUGCUGCAAUGUAAACAGUUAGAUUUAGAGCUGAAAGACCACGAGGGCAGCACAGCUCUGUGGCUCGCUGUGCAGUAUAUCACUGUGUCUUCUGACCAGUCUGUGAACCCCUUUGAAGACCUGCCUGUGGUCAAUGGAACUUCAUUCGAUGAAAACAGCUUUGCAGCCAGACUUAUUCAGCGUGGCAGCAACACGAAUGCACCCGAUACAAUGACAGAAAAUUGCUUACUACAGCGAGCUGCUGGAGCAGGAAAUGAGGCAGCAGCUCUUUUCUUGGCAACCAAUGGUGCCCACGUCAACCACAGAAACAAAUGGGGAGAAACCCCGUUGCACACAGCCUGCCGGCAUGGCCUGGCAAACCUCACCGCAGAGCUCUUGCAGCAGGGUGCCAACCCAAACCUGCAGACAGCAGAAGCUCUGCCCUUGCCCAAGGAGGCUGCAGCCCUGCCCAGCUCGGGGGAUGGCAUCUAUCUGCAAACACCACUGCAUAUGGCAAUUGCCUACAAUCAUCCAGAUGUGGUGUCUGUCAUCCUUGAGCAGAAAGCUAAUGCUCUUCACGCCACCAACAACUUACAAAUCAUUCCAGACUUCAGUCUCAAAGAUUCCCGAGACCAGACUGUUCUGGGCCUGGCAUUGUGGACUGGCAUGCACACAAUCGCAGCCCAGUUGCUGGGCUCAGGGGCUUGCAUUAAUGACACCAUGUCUGACGGGCAGACCCUGCUGCACAUGGCCAUGCAGCGUCAGGACAGCAAGAGCGCUCUAUUCCUGCUGGAGCACCAGGCCGACAUCAAUGUCAGGACUCAAGAUGGGGAGACAGCCUUGCAGCUGGCCAUCAGAAAUGAGCUUCCACUUGUCGUGGAUGCCAUAUGCACCCGAGGAGCUGAUAUGUCUGUACCGGACGAGAAAGGGAACCCCCCACUGUGGCUUGCACUGACCAAUAAUCUGGAGGAUAUUGCAUCGACUCUGGUCCGACAUGGUUGUGAUGCCACCUGCUGGGGUACAGGACCCAGUGGGUGCCUUCAGACACUCCUGCACAGAGCCAUCGACGAAAACAAUGAGUCUACUGCCUGCUUUCUCAUUCGUAGUGGCUGUGAUGUGAAUAGUCCCAGAAAACCAGGUCCUAAUGGAGAAGGAGAGGAAGAGGCCAGAGAUGGGCAGACCCCCUUGCAUUUGGCAGCCUCCUGGGGACUGGAGGAGACCGUGCAGUGUCUUUUGGAGUUUGGGGCCAAUGUCAAUGCACAGGAUGCAGAAGGAAGAACACCUGUCCAUGUGGCCAUCAGCAACCAGCACAGUGUCAUCAUUCAGUUGUUGAUUUCACAUCCCGAUAUCCUCCUGAACGUACGAGACCGACAAGGACUGACCCCUUUCGCCUGUGCCAUGACUUACAAGAACAACAAGGCAGCCGAAGCGAUCCUCAAACGAGAGUCAGGGGCUGCUGAGCAAGUGGAUAACAAGGGCCGGAAUUUUCUUCACGUGGCAGUUCAGAACUCUGAUAUUGAAAGUGUCCUGUUCCUGAUCAGUGUUCAGGCAAAUGUGAAUUCCAGAGUUCAGGAUGCUUCCAAGUUGACCCCUUUGCAUCUUGCUGUCCAGGCAGGCUCAGAGAUUAUUGUCCGCAACUUGCUUCUUGCAGGAGCUAAAGUGAACGAAUUGACCAAGCAUCGCCAGACCGCCCUCCAUCUCGCAGCGCAGCAGGACCUGCCCACCAUCUGCUCCGUCCUCUUAGAGAAUGGGGUGGACUUUGCCGCUGUGGAUGAGAAUGGAAAUAAUGCUCUUCAUCUUGCUGUUAUGCAUGGCCGGCUUAACAACAUCCGGGUCCUGCUGACGGAGUGCACUGUGGAUGCUGAGGCCUUCAAUCUGAGAGGCCAGUCACCACUACAUAUUUUGGGGCAGUAUGGCAAGGAGAAUGCAGCGGCUAUCUUUGACCUCUUCUUAGAGUGUAUGCCUGAGUAUCCCCGAGAUAAGCCUGACACAGAAGGAAACACAGCACUGCUCUUAGCCUACAUGAAGGGGAAUGCCAACUUAUGCCGCGCCAUCGUCCGCUCUGGGGCUCGCCUAGGAGUGAAUAAUAAUCAAGGAGUCAACAUUUUCAACUACCAGGUUGCCACCAAGCAGCUUCUGUUUAGACUGUUGGAUAUGCUGUCCAAGGAACCGCCAUGGUGUGACGGCUCCAACUGCUACGAGUGCACUGCCAAGUUUGGAGUCACAACUCGCAAACAUCACUGUCGCCACUGCGGACGUCUUCUUUGCCAUAAAUGCUCAACCAAGGAGAUUCCUAUUAUAAAAUUUGAUCUGAACAAGCCUGUGCGAGUCUGCAACAUUUGCUUUGAUGUCCUGACUCUGGGAGGGGUCUCCUAGUGAGCUCCAGAAGUCCAGUUCACUUCCCCAGUCACCACCUCAGCAGCAGCUCUGCUCACCAGCCUGACCCCACCCAGAGCAGGAGCUGGCGGCGUCUUCCUAUGGCAACAGACUGGAGCAGUUAAGGACCAUGGUGUGCUAGAUCCCCUGGAAACGAUUCUGUAUGAUUGUCAGUGUGUCCGUCCGUUGAUUGAGUUCACUAGAAGUCACGAAUUGGACCAGACCUCAUUGAAAGCUAUGUACUAAAUGUGAUAGGAGUUAGACCCCAUUCUGCUAGCAACAUGCAAGGACACUUCAAAUUCCAUUUUCCCUCCCGGUAGCUCAGUGUCAUCUUAGCAUUCACGAAGUCUUCCUGUCUGGGCUGACUCCCUAGGCAGAGUGUCACAGUAGGAAGCUGGCGUCUGGCUGCUGACGAGAGCUGGCUUUACUCUAGGGUAAGUGGCUGUGGACUUUUUUGCACAGUGUCUUCAUUCAAGAUCAUAGAAUCCUCUCGCUCUGAAAUUUUUGUCUUCUUAUGUUGCUGUUGGAAGCUCAGCUAUAUUUUUAGUGAGCUGCCCUUUUGGAAACAAAAAAGUGAAAUCUUUCUAAACAGGGUUCAAAGAUGAGAGCUGAAAAAUCGUGGCCUUAACAACUGAAAGCUUUACCAGUAUUCAUGCAACUCAGGUGUCAUGGGUGCAGUCCGGCAGCUUGACACCUCCUAGCCGCUGUCUUGUUUGCUCGUCUUGCCAUGUCCUGUCUGUGGAGUCGGUCACUCUGCUGCCAGGGAUGGUGGAAGAAAUGCACUUUUCAUUGUGCUGCACUUUUUUUUAGGGCUGCAUUAUUAGUGAUUCUAAUUUUAAAUCCAUAUUCAAAAAUCACAUGCCCAUGCAUCAGUAAUUCUAACGAUCAAUUCCUGGCUGGACCUCAGCUUAUACUAAGUCUUGAAGGAAAAACUCCCGCAGCGCGAUUCAUUGGGAGCAAGAGUCGCACGAGCCACGUGAGGAGAGGGAAUCGUCAGCCGCACGUUGACGGAGCCUGUCUCCUUGACAUGAGGCUUCUUGCGGAAACCUGCCCCAGUAUACUGUGAAUGCUGCUGGUCCUCUAGCUCAGUUCUGCCCGGCUGCAGAACCAACCACUGGAGGCCCUGACCGAGAGUGUGUCCCUAUUUUGGAAGACUUCGGCUUUUGUGCUGAAUAAGACCCCCAGAACUCGUUGGGCCUUAGUAGCUGCUAGUAUGAAUAUUAACCCUGAGGUGUUAAAUGUCCUUUCUUUAGAAAGUCUGGCCAGUUUUUUAAAGUGCACAUUUAAAGAGAAACUUCUGUUUUAAAAAAUAAAACAAAAAAAUCUGAGAUGAACAAUGUGUGUUGUACAGUUAUACUCAAAGAUUAAUAAUCUCAUUUGAAAAAAAAAAUAAUCUCAUUCCUACUUAUUUUUUCAGACAUUUAAUAACCACUACAUUUUUUUCUUGCAUUAAUGAAGUAUGUAUGGAUCUAAGUGUAAAAGGGACUAAUUUUUUGUUUGUUUUCAACAAUCUGUUUUUUGUUUGUUUUAGAUAGUGGUAUGUCCUCUCUGUUGCUGUAGAAUUACACAUUCUGUUGCCUAAAUGUGUGUGUAAAAGGAGUUGAUAAAACCAGAGUGCUACUUUUUUUUAAAAGAAAUUUCUGUGAUUUAUAAGAUAUAUAUAUGUAUACAUAUAUAUGCUUCUAUGUUAAUAUGAGCUUGUGCACAAUGUUCAAAGCAAAAAUUAGAAGGGUUCCCCUGCCCCCUAAAGUCUGUGAAAUAUUUCAUAAAGAAUUUUUAUAGAAAAAUUGGUUUUGGCAAACACUUGCCCACGUGAGGCAUGGGGCUCAAUUCCUUUUCUGUUGCCUGCACAGGGCCAUGAGGUAGGACUUAGUUCAGUGGCUUGAUUCUCUUGGAAUCAUACUUGGAAAGUAUGAUAAUUAUGCUUCUAAUAUGAAACAAGGUGGUCGGUACUUUCAUACUUGUUCUUUUCAUGUUUGUGCUGAAGAGAGGACGGGCAUUCAGUCAGGGAGAAGGCUGCUUGUCCUUUCUUGCCCCGUCAUACCAAUGCCUCUGAUUAAACUUAAAAAUCAGGUUGAAAAUACACCAAGGCAAGCUUCUGUUACUUCAGAGACUGCCUUGAUACUGUUUGAAUUUUCAUUGGCUCCAGAUUGCAUUUCAUUCGCGCUAAUAAAAGCCCCUUCCCACAUGCUCAGGCACUCUCCCUGCCAUGCUUAUGUUCACUGGGCAGCAUACCCCACGUUCCAUGAGUGGGGACUAUCCUGGUGGGCCCCCCACACUGCCCUGGCUGGGACUGGACAUGCUUUCAGUCCCCUUUUGUGCUCUCCAGGCCGUCAAGACUUGACUAAAGACCUGCCUGGCUGUUCUUACUACCUUUUAACACAUAACUUAAAAUACAUAGCAAAAUCCUAGUUUUAUUAAUUUAGAACGUUCUAGAAAGUGAAUGAGUAGACCAGAAAGAGUAAUUGUCACUGAAAUUCAUUUUGCUCAUUGGUCAACCUUGUUAUGCUGAAUUGGUGUUUUAACUGCCUUUUACUUAUCAGGCUUAUUAUACAAUGUAUUCUUAAUGUUAAAUUGGGGGCGGGGGGCGGGCCACACCUGGCAUUCAGGGGUUGCUCCCAGCCUGGUGCUUGGGGACCCAGGCAGUGCCUGGAAGUGCUGCAGCCCUUUGUGCCAUCUCCAGGGCCCUUAACAGUCUUUUUUUUUUUUUUCCCCUUAAAGAGAAGGUACAAACCAUGUGCUCUAUAUAAAUUGAAUGGCUGAAACUAACUUGUAUGAUCUUUUAACACAGGAAUUUCCCAAAAACUUAAAGUGCCUACAGUUAGGACUUUUAAAUUAUUAGUUCUCAUUUUGGUGGUGUCACACUGAAUGAUGUUCUAGAACAUGUGUUCCUUUUGGAGUUCAUUGCCUGUGCACUGUCAGCCCCACUUACCAGUUUAGUAGAGGCUGCGUUCAACUGCUCAGUUCACCUGCCAGAGUCUCUCCAGGAGUAGGGUCCAUGCGACCUUGUUCAGUCCUCUACCUCAGAGCCCUGAAUCAUUUCUGACCUCCCUGUUCAGCUUCCUGGGUCUUAGUCCUGAGUGGGGUCCCUGUGUGGCUCAGCUUGCUGUGGGUUCACUCCUACCCAGUCACGCCCCCUCAGCUGUGACUUUGAGCAGCCUCAUGCUAAUUCUGCCCACAGGCAUGGAGUGGAGGGAAAGUCUAGAGUUGGGGGACAGCCUUGAUCACCAUCUCGGUUUCUUUUAUCUGGAGAAAAAGAGCACCACUGAACUAUCUAACUCUUAUACCUGAAAGGCAAACUCCUCAGGUGAUGGCAUUAUGAACAAGGAAAAGUGAUACUUCCACUGAGGUUUGUACCUUGAAAGAACUCCUGAAACAAGCUUUCUUCCAGGACCUGGACUCACUUCUUCCUGGAAGAAUUGGGUAGGGACUGACAAGCCCAGCUCCAUAUCUGAAGCUCCAAAGCUCCCCACCCCCAGCCAAGAAGGAGGACUCGGAGGGCCAGAAUUUUCUGAAGGGGUUUGGAAGCCACAUUCUCUUUUGUGAAAAUUACUUAGUGAAGAGCUGGUUGUUGAACAAGAUUUAAAGCAAAGUAAUUAAAUUCCAAGAAGUUGAAAUAGAUGCCUUAAAGACUUUCUUUGGAAGAUUAUUGCCUGUACAGUUCCUUUUAUUGUGUGGCAUAGUAAUAUACCAUACAGUAAGUAUGCCACACCUGUUACAACUGGCAGCAUUGGUUUUUCCAUAGCUAGAGAGUCUUGAGUUGACAGGCUGCUGACCUGAAUGGCUUGUCCUUUUUUUGACAGAUAUGUGGAGUGGCUGUUACCACAACCUGUGUGAAACCAAGGGGAAGGGCAGUAGCUGGGCAGAGACCACAGGCACAUAUUUGGGGAGAUCAUGGGACUUCCCAGCUGGUUGGGUUGUUGCUCAGUGUGGGGUGAUGACAUCAGAUAGGACCAUGGCGCUUAUCAGCAUUGUUUCUUUGAAAUACAUGUAAUGGAAUGUAUUUUUCAAAUAUUGAUAUUUGCAUUUUCUGUAACAAUUCCUUAUAAUAAAAUGACGUAAAAUUGUGCA